CCGAAGCGCAAAGCAAGGAGGUCGCUGAUACUGUUGGAUAGAAUGGCCCCAAAAGCUAUCUUCUUUUUGGUUCUGCUUUGCUUUUCAUCAGUGUCACUCAGUCCCGUUCUUGCUGAGACUGAGGAACAUGAACAAGAUCCUGGCCUUGUUAUGAACUUCUACAAGGAAACUUGCCCUCAAGCCGAAGACAUUAUCAGAGAACAGGUCAAACUUCUCUACAAGCGCCAUAAGAACACUGCUUUCUCAUGGCUCAGAAACAUCUUCCAUGACUGUGCUGUUCAGAGCUGUGAUGCUUCACUGCUUCUUGAUUCCACAAGAAGGACCUUGUCUGAGAAGGAAACAGACCGAAGCUUUGGUUUGAGGAACUUCAGGUACAUUGAGACCGUCAAAGAAGCUGUGGAGAGAGAGUGUCCUGGAGUUGUUUCCUGUGCUGACAUUCUUGUUCUCUCUGCUAGAGACGGCAUUGUUGCGCUAGGAGGACCUUAUAUUCCACUUAAAACGGGAAGAAGAGAUGGAAGAAGAAGCAGAGCUGAUGUGGUUGAACAGUACCUCCCAGACCACAAUGAAAGCAUCCCUGUUGUUCUUGAGAGAUUCUCUGCCAUGGGAAUUGACACCCCUGGUGUUGUUGCACUUCUGGGAGCACACAGUGUAGGGAGAACCCACUGUGUGAAGCUGGUGCACCGUUUGUACCCAGAGGUAGACCCAGAACUGAACCCAGACCAUAUCCCUCACAUGCUCAAGAAGUGCCCGGACGCCAUUCCUGACCCGAAGGCAGUACAGUAUGUGAGGAACGACCGAGGGACACCCAUGAUUCUGGACAACAACUAUUACAGGAACAUACUGGACAACAAGGGUUUGUUGAUAGUGGAUCACCAGCUAGCCUAUGACAAGAGGACCAGACCUUUUGUGAAGAAGAUGGCCAAAAGCCAGGACUAUUUCUUCAAGCACUUUGCCAGAGCCGUCACUCUCUUAUCUGAAAACAACCCUCUCACUGGUUCGAAGGGUGAGAUCAGAAGGCAAUGCAAUGUUGCCAACAAGCACCAUGAGGAGCCUUGAUGUACCUUUUAAUAUAUGCCUCCAAGUCUAGUAGUCUACUUUCUUCUUCUGUGUGUGUGAGGAAGAAAAGCAUAAGAAAUUAUGCAGAAUAAAGUGUCUGUUUCUUUUAGUUUCAUUUGAUCUUCCUCUGGCUUUGCUCCUUGUACUAGCCAUAGUGAUAACGGUGUAUGUAUUAAUAAUGCAAGUGAACGAUGAUGCGCGAAUGUUGGUGUCAGGUUGUUCAUUCGCAGGAUAAGGUGUUUGUUUCUAAUUUCUUCCUGUCUACUUGUAGGUUUGUUCCUUGUACUGGCUAUAGUGGUGGUGAUGAUGGUGUAUGUAUUAAUGAUGCAAGUUAAUCAUGAUGCAUGAAUGUAAGCGGCAUGAUGGUGUAUGCACUAAAUGAAUUCAACUGAGUGUUAUUUA